AUGAAGUUCUCGGCGACAACCACCCUUGUGUGCUGGGCUCCGAAGCCUCUUGUGGACUCGGCAAGCUUCCAAGAGCAGAUUUCCAAACAGAACCUGGAAACCAACCUGGUCCGGCUGAAUGACAUCGCGACCACGAACGGCGGAAACCGCGCUUUUGGCUACGCGGGCUAUGAUGCCUCCGUUGACUACAUCUGGAGCCGCAUAUCAGCCGUUGAGGGCGCAAAAGUCUGGAAACAAGACUUCUCGGCAGUCUUCAGCAGUGAGCUCAGGGCGAACCUGACCGUCAACGGCGAGAAGCUCGUCAUAUACGGGUUGUCGGGAUCUACUUUCACGCCAGCCGCUGGCAUCACCGCAGAACUUGUUGCGGGUCCAGAGGGCGUUGCCGCCUGCGAAGCGGCUUCCUAUGCGGACCUCGAUGUGAAUGGCAAGAUCGUGCUAGUUCGAGAGGCGUUGUGCCCUGGGUACCGGGAUGGAUACCAUGCUGGCGUCAUGAAACCUGCUGCUGCGGCCGGUGCGGAGGCGGUGGUUGUGAUCAACGACUUUUAUCUGAACCUGACUGCUGGCACUCUCGGCCCGGCAGACGAUGGUACUUAUGUUCCAACGGGCUUCGUCAACAAGUACAUUGGAGAUCCCCUGAAGGCCCGUCUGGACGCCGGCGAGACACUGACUGCUACAUUUUGGGAGGAUCAAUUCGUCGACAGCAGGGUGACGCAGAACGUGUUUGCUGAGACCGAGGGAGGCGAUGAAAACAAUGUCAUUGUCGUGAGUAACUCUGUCACUAAUGACCUCGACAGCCUGCUAAGAACAGUGAAGCUUGGAGCGCACCUCGACAGUGUUGCUUGGGGAGCAGGUAUCAACGACAAUGAGCUCUUCCUCGCUCUCACCAAGUAUAGCACCAACAACAAGAUCCGUUUCGCAUGGUGGGGUGCGGAAGAGAGAGGCCUCAUCGGGUCACGAUACUAUGUCAACAACCUCAAUGCAACUGAGUCGGGCAGCAUUCUCGCGUACCUCAACUUCGACAUGGUCUCUAAGGGCUACUACGGAGUCUUCGACGGCGACGGAGCAUCCUACGGCGUCGCCGCUCCGCCGGGUUCCGACGUCAUUCAGGAGCUCUUUACCGCCGAAUUCAUCGCCAAGGGCUUUAACGUGACCGCAGCUCGAUUCACGAAUGGCAGCGACUAUGCCUCAUUCUGGCAAGUCUUGAACAAGCCUAUUGGAGGACUACACACUGGGACGGGUUCUGCGCAGGACCCAUGCUAUCAUCUGGAGUGUGACAAUAUCAACAACCCGGAUCUAGACCAGUUGACGGUGAACGCAAAGACCACUGCUCAUGUCCUUUCCGCCCUGGCUCUGGAUGGUACCAAUCUCAUCAAGAAGCUCGAUGCUCGCGGCCUGCCCGUCCGUACUGUUGGCAAUGAGAGGACAAUCGCAACAGUGGAAGAGCCGAGCGACGAGCAUCACCAUUGCUGA